CGACAACCUGCGGAUUUAUUUCCAAGCCGCACCGGAAAUGCUCAGGGUGACAUUUCACAACAGGACCUAAGCAUGAAGGCAUGGGAUUGCAGCUGAAUCGAAGCUUUUAUAUACGUUGGCGUUUAUUUAUGUUGUAUUGUUAACCUCGUGGGUAAAGGAACAACAGGAUGGCUGCAUUGUCCCGCGGAGUUCUGCUCUGUAGAGUAGGGCGCGUGGUUUUGGGACGAACCGGAGCUGCAGCCACUGCCGACAGGUUUCUCUCCUAUAGCUGUCUCUUUCAGAGUUUCCGGACUGUGAAGACCACAACCUGGUGGGAGGAGCAUCUGACAGAGGAUAAUAAAUCAUACAUGAGGAAGAGUCUGGGAGAGGAGUAUAAUCAACAGAUAGCUGCUAAGUUCUGCCCACUGAAGGAUGAGCCGUGGCCCAGACAUGAAUGGACAAAGGGAAGUCGGCGAGUGGGGCUGGUAGCGGUGAAGCUGGGCAUGGCCCCAGUCUGGACCAAAAUGGGAGAUAGACAAGUCGUGACCCUGCUGCAGGUGCAGGAUUGCCAUGUGUUGAAGUACCUGUCUAAAGAAGAGUAUGAUGGACACACUGCCGCCCUGUUGGUGGGAGGGAAGAAUGCCUCAUCCUUCUACAAAUCGCAGGAAGAGAUGGAGAUGUUUAGGUUUGCUGGAGUUCCUCCCAAACAGAAGAUCUCCACCUUUAAAGUCUCUGAUAACGCAAUCAUCAAACCAGGCACUCCUCUGUAUGCAGCUCACUUCCGUCCAGGACAGUAUGUGGAUGUCACAGCCAAGACCAUUGGUAAGGGUUUUCAGGGGGUGAUGAAGAGAUAUGGGUUUAAAGGACAGCCAGCUACUCACGGCCAGACGAAAACACACCGCAGGCCUGGAGCAUCAGGACCUGGAGGGGAUCCCGCAAAAGUCUUCAAAGGGAAGAAGAUGCCUGGCAGGAUGGGAAAUGUGUUUGACACCGCCCACGGCCUUAAGGUGUGGCGGGUUAACACCAGAUAUAACAUCAUUUACGUUCAUGGCUCUGUCCCCGGCCACAGAAACUGCAUACUUAAGGUAGCAGACUCUAUCCUACCGAAUCGUUUGGAGAACAACUUCAACCCUCCGUUUCCAACAUUCUUCUCUGAGGAGGAACAGCUACCAGAAGACCUGUAUGAUGAAGACAUGUUCAUAUACACAGCGCCUUCGCUCGAACUCUAGCACAUUCACACUAACAAAACUGUUUUGGUGAACAACUGUGUCAUAGAGUUAACGGUCAACUAUUUAAAUGUUAUUUUACACCCCAGAGUAACCAUGAUGCCUUUGUGUCUGGGACAUUAAACAUCCUGUUUUGGAAAUAUGUUUGCUUUUCAUUAUUUCUGUGUCGCUCUCUCUCUCUCUUUCCCUGUGUCGCUCUCUCUCUCUCUUUCCCUGUGUCGCUCUCUCUCUCUUUCCCUGUGUCGCUCUCUCUCUCUUUCCCUGUGUCGCUCUCUCUCUCUUUCCCUGUGUCGCUCUCUCUCUUUCCCUGUGUCGCUCUCUCUCUCUAAUGACCAAAGUUCAGUCAUCCCUGUUUCCUGAAACCAUAGUAACCAGGGGAGUGAUGUAAGGGACCCCCAGAGGGACAAACUGAACAUACAAGAGCCAGGAGAGAGGGGAAGGGAUAAAGGGAGAUGGAUGGAUGGAUGGAUGGAUGGAUGGAGGGUCUGGAUGUUGACAGAUGGAGAGAGACAGGGAGGGGAAGUAAUGUAGAGAGGGAGGGCUGCGCAAUCACAAAGGCUGACAUUUGUGUGAGAGGAUGGGGGAUAAACGAAAGGAAGAUGACAGCCAGGGAGCAGAAGAGGGAGCCAGGAGAAGCAGGAGGGGGGGGAUAAAUUAGUACAUUAAUGUUGCAGCAGAACCGCUGAGAUUAACACACAGAGAAUUUGGGGAGUUAGAGGUGUGUGUGUGUGUGUGUCAGCCAGCUAUAGUAGGGUUAAUUUAAAGUGUCAAUGUUAUUUUGACUGCCUCCCUAUUAAAAAUGUCCUCCCUU